AUGGAGAACUACCAGAAGAUCGAGAAGAUUGGCGAAGCAGGCACCUACGGUGUGGUGUACAAAGCCAAAGACCUUGCCAACGGCAAUCGCAUCGUGGCUUUGAAGAAGAUUCGUCUGGAAGCCGAAGAUGAAGGUGUCCCCAGCACCGCUAUUCGAGAAAUCUCGCUCCUCAAAGAGAUGAACGAUCCCAACAUUGUGCGCCUGCUCAACAUUGUCCAUGCCGAUGGCCACAAACUCUACCUCGUCUGCGAGUUCCUAGAUCUCGAUCUGAAGAAGUACAUGGAAGCACUACCUGUUACUGACGGUGGUCGUGGCAAGCCUCUUCCGGAGGGCUCUAGUGAGAUGUCGCGGCUCGGGUUGGGCAAAGACAUGGUCAAGAAGUUCAUGGCGCAGCUUGUCGAAGGCGUGCGAUACUGCCACAGCCACCGCGUCCUGCACCGUGAUCUCAAGCCUCAGAACCUGCUCAUCGACCGCGAGGGUAACUUGAAGCUGGCUGACUUUGGCCUUGCUCGCGCGUUCGGCGUUCCGCUACGGACUUACACUCACGAGGUGGUCACUCUGUGGUAUCGUGCUCCCGAGAUUCUACUUGGUGGCCGACAAUACUCGACUGGUGUUGACAUGUGGUCAGUGGGCGCCAUCUUUGCCGAGAUGUGCACCCGCAAACCGCUGUUUCCUGGCGAUUCUGAGAUCGAUGAGAUCUUCAAGAUUUUCAAGUUGUUGGGUACCCCUAAUGAGGAGACCUGGCCCGGCGUCACUGCCUUCCCCGACUUCAAGUCUUCGUUCCCCAAGUGGCCUAGAGAGCAGUUGAGUGGUAUCGUCAAGACGCUUGAGCCCGCUGGUAUCGAGCUACUAGAAGCAAUGCUGGAGUACGAUCCCUCGCAUCGUCUCUCGGCCAAGGCUGCUUGCAAUCAUCCCUACUUCGCUGCGGGCAGCGCCGCCUACUCACAGCGGACGACCGCAGCGCGACCCAACGGCUACCACUGA